AUGAGGCUGAUUUCUGAACUUUUAAAAGCAGCGCCGGGUUGCUACGGAAGCCCGUCAGCUCGAGCUGGAGAGGCACGCAGGUUUCCCAGCAGGCUCGCCGCGUUAUUGUACACAAUCAUCAUGGCGUCGCAGGAUGGGGGUGAAAGUAUGAUGCAAACUGGUGCCAGUCCCAAGAAGGAGCCGGUGGCGUACGGAAAAGCCGGUGACGGGGAUGCCGAGGCCGCUGAACAAGCAUCGCAAUCAUAUGGGGAAAACUCCACAGCUCAGGUCUCUGCCGUCAGCAACGGGAGCGACAACGAUGAUGGGAAAGAAAUGGUAGAGUUGAAAAUUAUCUGGAACAAGAACAAGUACGAUUUAAAAAUUCCCCUCGAUGGCACUGGAGCCAGUCUAAAAGAGAGAAUUCACUCGCUUACAGGUCUUCCCCCUGCUAUGCAAAAAGUGAUGUAUAAAGGACUGCUGCCAGAAGACAAGACCCUGCGUGAAAUUAAAGUAACAAAUGGUGCAAAAAUAAUGGUAGUAGGAUCUACCAUAAAUGAUGUUUUAGCAGUGAAUACACCUAAGGAAGUCAUUCAGCAAGAUGUAAAAGCAGAGGAAAAUAAAAAGGAACCUUUGUGUCGGCAAAAGCAACACAGAAAAGUGCUGGACAAAGGGAAACCGGAGGAUAUAAUGCCAUCCAUAAAAGGAGCAAAGGAGCGCUUGCCAACAGUGCCUUUAUCUGGAAUGUACAACAAAUCAGGUGGAAAAGUGAGGCUCACGUUUAAACUUGAACAAGACCAGCUCUGGAUUGGAACCAAGGAGAGAACAGAGAAGAUCCCAAUGGGCUCAAUCAAGAAUGUGAUUACUGAACCUAUUGAAGGGCAUGAAGACUAUCACAUGAUGGCAUUUCAGCUUGGUCCCACAGAAGCAUCUUACUAUUGGGUUUACUGGGUUCCUGCACAGUAUGUAGAUGCAAUCAAAGACACAGUCCUUGGAAAAUGGCAGUAUUUUUAAAUGUGCCUCCUCCCUUGACAAUGAAGAGCUGGGAUUUCAGACAAAACAGAACAAGAAACAACAGAACCAAAGGACAUUGUGAGGAGGGAGAUAACAACCAGCCAUCUGUAGACGGUGCCAGAGAACUUUCAAGUUGAAACAAAGUGAUAUUGUAUGAAUGAAAAGAAGAAGGACACAAAUGGAAUCCAGAGACAAAAUGUCUUGUCUUAGGUUUAGUUUGAAGGUCAUUAAGUUGCAGUAUCCCUUUUCUUGGACUGACUUCACCUUAGGCUUUAUCUUUUUAGAGUAGCCCUGACUAAAUACCAGUGAACCGACUGUAUAUAGACCACUGAUUCAUUUUUCUUCUCCCAGUCAUUCUCAAAGUAAUAAAACUAUAUUUAAGAAAAACAUUGCCCAGGAAGAUUUGUAUUUACUUAAACACGGAUUAAGAAAAACACAGAAUACUUGCCCAAACUUGCCAAAGUUGUUUAAAAACUUGCAUCUAAUGUGGAUGUUAGGUUUUGCACAUUAUGUGAGUAAAGCAUAUUUACAGAGCAAAACAAAUCUAAGGACCAGCCAUGUUAUUAUAACAGCCUGAAUAUUCUGUAAAUAUUCUUUCACUUACAGCUGUCAAAAGAAAUAGAUAGGGUUAAAAUACAGUAUGACCAAAUACACACAUUGUAGGACCUUGGGAAGCACACCUUUCAAAAUGGCCUAGAUUUACUUGUUACAGUAUGUCUUCUUUGAGUACAGGGAUGCCCUGAAUGAUAAAACAAGUGAUGAACACAUUGAGGUGUAGUCACUUAUUUUUUACUUUUAGGCUAUGAGGCCAGAUCCUGUUAAGGCCCGGGACAGGGUACAAGUAUUGUACUGGUUCUGUCACCACAGGAAACACAACUAAUGCUAAAAUAAGAGUGCAUUUUUCACAUUCCCCUCAUGAAGGCAGAAUGUUCUUUUAUGAAAAUGUGGUUCCUGCAGUUUUGCAUUCAUCAUGGCUGCCGUCGCAUCAUCCAGGUGGAUGCUGCACAUUGGUGGUGGUGAAAGGGAGUCCCCAUUACCUGUAAAACGCUUUGAGUGGAGUGUCCAGAAAAGCGCUAUAUAAGUGUAAGCAAUUAUUAUUAUUAUUAUUAGUCUUGUCUCAUCUCAUCUUAAUAAGGAAACAUUGGCAAUAAGAUCUUUAGUGAUGAUCUCCAUGAAGCUUCAAAUGUGUCAAGUGAAAUACAUCUUUAAGAAAACAGAACAUUAAUAAUAGGACUGAACUUGACCCACACAAAGAAAAGCAAACUUUAUAUGGAUAACUUUCAGAAUAAAUGUUUGCUUUUCUGUGAUAGUAUGUGAUUUUAAUCUAUUAUAAGUCCUCUAGUACAGUCUGUAUAGAAUGGUUGCCACAAAUACAGAAUAUGAAAAGUGGUGUAGUCAAAUUAAAUCAAGCCUGUUGUCUUAAGACACUUUGUGAAGAUGUGUGGCAGAUAUUUUUUUGCAGGGAUUGGUAAAAGAUGUUUAAACAUCUCUAAAAAUGCAGAAGUCAUAUUUACUGGAAUUUCUGCAAUUGAAAUGUAUUCACUAAGAGAAAUCAGAUCUAUAUGAAACCUAAUGUUUAGCCUGUGACAAAAAGGGAUAUUGCAGCUUACAUAUUAUUGUAAACAUUUAGGGAAAAUAAUUUUUUUGUGUCCAUGCAAUUAUCUUUGAAGCUUUUUAUUAAAAAAAAAACAUGUAGCAGCAUGAAAUCCAAGAAAGCUGAUUUAAUUGCUCAGUGUUUCACACCUGCAGGACUUUUUCUUUUAAUAGGCCAAAGAGUAAUGUCUGAUUUGCCACAUCUUAUAAAGAAGUAAAGUUGCCAUAUGUGAGUGGUACAAGACCACUUUGUUUUCAGAACAAGGGCAUUGAACCAACCUGAAAGGUCAGAGCCAGUUAAUAAUGUCAUGGAAAAGGAUGCUUUCUUGUUUUUACACCUCUGAUUCUAAAGUUUGCCUUCACAGAAGCAGUGUUUCAUUGGCUUUUACAAAAUAACAGGUAAUGUCUUUAUGUUGGUUGAUCCAGUGCCACUAGAUCCCAGGAUCCUAAAUAAAGUACAUCAUUGCAACUUAAAUAUUCAUGUUGGCGUUGGUAGAAGGUCCUACCUGUAAAACAGGAAACUUUAUUGUGGCUUAACAAACUUGUACUGCUGGAUAUUCUGGAAUAAACUCCAUUUGUGUUAUUUUAUUGA